CCUACUAAUCCACCUACGCAUCCACACGAAAGAGAAGCCCUUUGGGUGCACCCUGUGCCUUGCGAAAUUCUCCUUGCCUUACCUUUUGAAGGUACAUUUGGGGACCCACACGCGGGAGAUGCCACAGCCACUCGAGUGCACCGUAUGUCACAAGCGAUUCGCGAAUGUUAGCAGUCUGGAGUCUCAUCAGCGAGCUCACACCGAAGAAAAGUUGUACGAGGGCACCGAGUACCAUGGGGAAUUCGCCCGCCCAGGGGAUUCGACGAUACACAUGCAAACCCACUCAGGAGAGUGCACCACCACCAUAUGCCGAAAGGAAUCCUCUGUAUCUGGUCCCCUCCACCACCACCAAGGCACCCACACAACAGAGAAGCCGUAUAAGUGCACCGUGUGUCAAAGUACAUUCUCUGAAUCUUGUGUUUUGUGGAGACAUCUUAAACAACACAUAGAUGCUAUGUUAUAGUUACCUCGUCUCUUGUUAAUAUGAUAUCGAUUGCCUGUGAAAGCUGUUGUGUGAAGUGUCUCGUUUUUAUGUCACGUCGAAGAUGAAGUAAAUAUAGUAUUAGAAAUUUGUAAGUUCGUAAGAACUUGAAUAAGAAUAAAACCACCAAGUUUUCCUUGGCAUUGAAACCA